AUGGACGGAGCUGACCCAACCGCUGCCCUAUGCAACAAGGACGCCACCCUCGGUUGCCACCUUGCCCGCCGCCUUGUGGAGGUCGGCAUCACCGACAUCUUCACCGUCCCUGGAGACUUCAACCUCACUCUCCUCGACCACCUCAUUGCCGAGCCUCGCCUCAAAAAUAUUGGCUGCUGCAAUGAGCUCAAUGCGGGCUAUGCCGCCGACGGCUAUGCUAGGAUUCGCGGUGCUGCCGCCUGCGUGGUUACCUUCACCGUCGGUGGAUUGAGUGUCCUUAAUGCUAUCGCAGGCGCUUAUAGUGAAAAUCUACCUGUUAUUUGUAUCGUCGGUGGUCCAAAUUCAAACGACUUCGGUACUAACCGGAUCCUCCAUCAUACCAUCGGAAUACCCGAUUUCAGCCAAGAGCUUCGGUGUUUCCAAACCGUUACUUGCUAUCAGGCUGUGGUCAAUCAUUUGGACGACGCUCAUGAACAAAUCGAUAGGGCGAUCUCAACGGGCCUUAAAGAAUGCAAACCCGUUUAUAUCAGCGUUAGUUGCAAUUUGCCGGGCCUUCCUCAUCCUACGUUUAGCAGAGAUCCGAUCCCUUUUUCGCUCUCUACACGGAUCAGUAACAAAUCGGGGCUGGAGGCCGCCGUCGAAGCGGCAGCCGCAUUCCUUAACAAGGCGGUAAAGCCGGUGAUGGUUGGAGGCCCAAAACUGCGGGUGGCAGCCGCUAUGCAGGCGUUUGUAGACUUAGCAGACGCUAGCGGCUAUGCUCUAUCUGUAAUGCCUGCCGGUAAAGGGAUGGUUCCCGAGACCCAUGAGCACUUUAUAGGGACCUACUGGGGUGCAGUCGGGACUGGAUUCUGUGGCGAGAUUGUGGAGUCGGCUGACGCGUACCUGUUUGCGGGACCCAUCUUCAACGACUACAGUUCGGUUGGCUACUCCUUACUGCUCAAAAAAGAAAAGGCCAUCAUCGUGCAGCCAGAUCGAGUGGUCAUUGGUAACGGUCCGGCUUUCGGGUGCGUUCUGAUGAAAGAUUUUCUCGAAGAACUUGCAAAAGUGAUCACAAAAAACACUACGGCUUACGAGAACUAUGACCGGAUCUUCAUUCCUGAUGGGGAGCCAAAGAAAAGCGAGCCUCAAGAGCCCUUGAGAGUCAAUAUUCUGUUUCAACACAUACAGAAAAUGCUCUCGAAGGACACUGCAGUGCUUGCCGAGACGGGAGACUCGUGGUUUAACUGCCAGAAAUUGAAGCUGCCCGACGGAUGUGGGUAUGAAUUCCAGAUGCAGUAUGGUUCGAUCGGUUGGUCCGUUGGUGCACUCCUUGGCUACGCCCAGGCUCAGCCCGAGAAACGGGUCAUUGCUAGCAUCGGUGAUGGCAGUUUCCAGGUAACCGCACAAGAUGUGACAACGAUGAUAAGAAACGAGCAAAAGAGCAUCAUAUUUCUCAUAAACAAUGGAGGCUACACCAUAGAAGUUGAGAUCCACGAUGGACCAUAUAAUGUGAUCAAGAACUGGAACUACACUGGUGUCGUGGAAGCCUUCAAUAAUGAAGACGGCAAGUUGUGGACAGCAAAGGUAAAAUGUGAAGAGGAGCUGAUAGAAGCAAUAUCAACGGCAACAGGGGAGAAAGAGGAUCACUUGUGCUUCAUAGAAGUGAUUGUUCAUAAGGAUGAUACCAGCAAAGAACUUCUCGAAUGGGGUUCAAGAGUCUGCUCUGCUAAUGCCCGCCCCCCUAACCCUCAGUAAUUUUAUCAUCUUACUAUAUAACUAAAGAAAUAUGGUUUUGUUCCAAGGCUUUAUACGGUUCAUGCUAUAGAGAAGUAAAAUAGCUUUUUUGAUGUAUUAUUGUGGUUUUAAUUGAAGCUAUUUUGGCUACAAAGAUGGAUAUUACAACUAUUGUAUCAUGUUAUCUUGAUGAUAUGUAUAGGUGCAACAAAAUGUCUAUAUCACACACAUGGACGCAGGCCUAAAGAAAAAUGCACAAACGAGAAUACUUUCAAACUGACCAAUCCCUAGGAAUUCUGGUCCUAAACGGUCCUAAACCAUGGUUUCAACAGCCAGAAUGUGGUAUGAGAUAAUACCACCUGUCACAACUUGUUGCUACAUAGGCCUAAUCGGGGGCCCUAGACCUAGGAUGGGAAGUCCUAAGAGCAUCUCCAACAGCUAUGCUAAAAUGAAGAGAAGAAAGAUUUUA